AGCUUCAACUGUUUAUAAACAAACAACAAUUCGAAAAACUGUCACACGAACUCAAGAAAUUCUCAGCAGCAUGAAUAUCGAUUAUCCGGGCAAGUACUAUCCACGUUCGAUUCCAUCGUAUGAGACACUCUCGAUCAAGUCGGAGAGCUCGCAUGGGUCGCAGAGCGAGGUGCUGAUAACACGCGACAUGGUGAUGAAUCUGGUCUGCGAGGAGGAAUUGUGCAACAAUGAAAGCCACAUUAUACUGAAUGCACCCACGCCGCCGGUGUCCGAGGCGGGCGACAUCGAGCGGACGAGCAUGAUGGCGGAAUCGAUGAACUUUGACGAUCAGACGAGCGAGGCGGCCUACAGGCCGCAGCUGAUGAUUGUCUACGCCGAGGGCGACAUCAACUCGUCGCUGCAGCUGCUGAUGGACUCGCUGCAGCGACCGUUUGCCAGCAAUGCGGUGGCCAUGCUGCUGGUGGAGCAGCCGAUCUAUGAGCAGUUCGUGCAGCUGGUGCGGGAGCGCAUGCGGCCGCUGAGCAUGGUGGUGACCAUGAAUCCGCUGUUCAGCGAUACGCUGCUGCAGCUGGAGCAGCAAGGCAUCGAGAUUAUACGCGCCGACAAGCAGCAGGUGGCGCCACCGCUCGCCUCGCCCAUACUCGCCUGCAAUUGCUAUCACACGCAGCUGGCCCAGCCGCCCAACGGCGUCAUCUGCCUGCACAGCUUCCGCAGCACAGUCGAGGCCAUCGAGCUGGCUCGCCAGGAGACGCGUCUGCGCUUCAACAGCGUCUCCAUCUGGGACGAGACGCUCGCCGGCAACUUUCAGCUGCUUGCCGCACUCAAAUGCAAUCUCUACUACUUCAACUGCAGCAAUGUGCCGCUGCAGCAUUUUCAGAAGCAGCAGCACAGCGUCUGCGUUUCCAAUGGCUUUCACUUUGAGCUGCUCGAACUGAACAAUCGGCGCUACAUUAUUGUCAUGCCAAUUGGCGCGUUCAUGCCCCAAAAGUUGGAUGACGAUCGAAAGUCGCUGACGCUGUCAGAAGAUUUGCAGGCAUAAAGCUUCCUCAUCCUCAUCACCCAGGCCCAAAAUACUUUUUAAUUUCAAUCAAAAUUCGCUUGCUGUUUAUUUUUGGCCCCACUAAUUGAGAUUUUGUUAAUGCAAAGCGCUGCCAGCUGUCAACGUAUUUAAUA